AUGGACGCCAAAUCGACUGCAUUCCAUCUCUACAAAUAGACACUAAUUAGAAAGAACACUAAUCCUAUUGGACAAAUCUAUAGUUAUGAAUAAAAAGAUAAAAUUGGGUAAGGUGCUUAUGGUAGUGUUUACAAAGCAAUUCAUAAAGUAAGCAAGUAGGUUAGAGCUGUUAAAGUGAUAAAUAAGCUUAACAUUAAAUAUAAAGAGAGACUUUUAAGUGAGAUAACAAUAAUGGAAUUAUUGGAUCACCCUAGCAUAUUGAGAUUGUAUGAAACAUUUGAGGAUGCAGAAUACUUGUACAUGGUUUUGGAAAUCUGCCAGGGAGGAGAUGUGUUUGACAAGGUUCUAGAAAAGGGAUGUCUACCAGUAGAAGAUGCUUUUAAAAUAUAUAUUUAAUAUAUGCGAGCUGUUAACUAUUAUCAAGGAUUUAAAAUAGUGCAUAGAGAUUUAAAACCAGAAAAUUUUUUAUUUUAGAAAAAAAAUGAUUUAUCCUCUUUAACAUUGAUUGAUUUUGGUAUUGCUAAGAGAUGUAUUGAUAAAUUAAAAACCAAAAGUGGCACAGCAUAUUAUGUUGCACCGGAAGUUUUAGAUGGUUUAUACGAUCAUAAAUGUGAUGUGUGGUCUGCUGGUGUUGUUCUAUAUGUGAUUUUAUGUGGAUAUCCUCCUUUCUAUGGAGAAAAUGAAAAAGAAAUACUUACUGAAAUUAAAACUGGCACAUUAUAAUUUGAUGGUGAUGAAUGGUAAGGAAUAUCAUAGGAAAUCAAGGAUUUCAUUCGAUCUCAAGUCUGUUCUGCUGAAAAGAGAUUGUUACCAAAAGAUUUGUUAAGUCAUAAGAUUAUUACUCAAUACAAUCAAAAGUUUGUUUAGGAUAAUAAAUUAUUAUCUAUGCUUACACUCAAUUAAUGGGUCAAAUAUCAUCCAAUUAGAAGAUUAGCCCUCUUUUAUUUGGCAACAUAACUUGAUUCAAGUGAGUUAGUCAAUUAGAAAAACUGCUUUUUCUUUAUAAAUACUUCUCAAACUGGAUUAAUUACUCAAUAAGAGUUAUCGACUUAUUUAAAGGUAAAUAAAUAGGACGUCCAGAAAUUAUGGCCCUAUAUUGAUUGUAAUAGCAACGGCUACUUAGAUUAUUUUGAAUUUGUAGCUAUGACACUCACAUAAUAAGAAUUUUUAAAAUAAUUGCAAUUUAUGUUCGACUUUUUGAGUUAAUAAGACAAGGUUAUUUCACAAAAGAGUAUUAAAUCAAUUUUCGAUUAAAACGCUAAUUUCAAUAAUAAGUGGGACAGCAUCUCAGAUACAAAGAAUCAUUUGGCAAUAGUCAACUAACAUGAAUAACAAAUAAAUGUUAAAAAUAUUCUUGAAAAAGAUAUGGAUUUUAAUGCCUUCAAAGCAAUAAUGUAAUGAAUAAAACAUUCAUAUAUUAAAAUAGAUAUAUAU